AUGCUGAAGUACCUGGCGGGCAAGAGCCCAAUCAGCUUCGCAUCCUCAGGGUUCGGGUAUGCGGAGGAGGAGCCCGUGGAAACUCCGUUUGGGCACCUACAAAGCUUCCUAUGGUAUAACGGCUCAGCUAAGGGGGCAGGUACUCCUGCGUCCCUCUUCAAGUUCUCAGCCAAGAACCGCAAUGCUACGGCCCAAAACCUCGAGCAGGAGUUCGCGGAGCGGCACCUUCGUUCCAUCAAGCUAAUACUCCACCCAAACGUUCUAAAGCUGCUCAAGGUAAAGCAAACCGACACCGGCAUCACCAUCGCAACGGAGCGCUGCUACCCUCUGUCGCUUGAGACAGUGUCGACUGACCCCGCGUUGGGGUUGGCGCAGAUCAUUUCGGCGCUUAAUUUUCUACAUACCAAGUGCCACAAGACGCAUUGCCUUGUCUCUCCCACCGGUGUUGUGGUGCGGGACGACGGUUCUUGGUGCCUCACAUCGUUCGAGUGCACUGUGGACAAUGACACGUCCAUACAUCGAGUCCUGGCGGAGCUUAAGUGGCACGCCUCCUGGAGCAACGGUUGGCGCAUGCCCUCGCUGGCCAAUGCAUCUGCAAGCGUGAGGCAGCUGGACCAAUGGGGUCUCGGAGCGCUUAUGUGCUGGGUUCACACGCUUAUUGCGGGACAGGUUGAUCUCUGCGUCCUAUCACGACAUGACCGCGAUAUCUAUUCACUGAAACGCUACGCGCCGGCCAACCUCCAUGAGCUCAUCGAUCAGCUCAUGUCACCGGACCACGAUGUCGAUCUAGAGGCGGUGUUGAAGACGCACCCCUAUUUCACCGAAAAUGAAGGCAUAUCCGCAAUGUCGUUUGCCACGGAGUUCCACAUAAAGAAUGAGGAGCAGAUGUCUGCGUUCUUUUCACAGCUGCCGACAAAGCUCACGCGCAUACCGAACGAUAUUGCCGUAGGUUUCGCCAAAUGUUGGGAACUAUACGGCGCAGUGUCACUGAUUCCGAGCAUCCUGGAAUCUGUGGUCGUGAUAUGCAAGUCCAUGUUGCUGGAGGAAUUCAAGGUCAAGGUAUACCCGCACAUCUCAAAGCUGUUCAAGGAAAACGACAGGGCCAUCAGGUACAGCUUACUGCGACUGAUGCCUGACCUCGACCCGAUGCUCGACGAGAACCAGGUGUCGGAUGACCUCCUUGAGCCUCUGCUCAUAGGUUUCGGGGACACGGCGUCGCAGAUCCGCGACGAAACAGUGAAGGCAAUGGUCUACGUCAUGAAGAAAAUCAAGAAACGUCAACAACAGAACGCUGCUAUGAUGCUUUUCAAGUGUGUCGAGGAUUGCGAGCCUACGAUCAGGGUGAACACCAUCAUAUGCUUCGCGAAAAUAAUCCCCUUUGUGCAACACGAACUCGUUGAGAAAGUGGUGCCGCAGGUUUGGCGGCUCGGGCUAAGCGACACCUUCCUCAAAUCGAAGCUGGCAACGCUAGAGUCAAUUUCCGCAUCACACGGAUUCUUCGGAACCAAGCAAAAGGUCGAAAUCCUACUGCCGCUCGCGUGCAACACUCUGCUGGACAGCGAGCCGCAGGUGAGGCGGAUGGGUUUCGACACAAUCCACUCCAUACUGGACUCACUGAAGGAGCACGUCGCGGAAGGUGGCAACGAGAGUUUCGACAGUCAGUGGGCAGGAGUUAACAAAACCACGACACAGCACAAGCCACAACACGCAACGCAUCCCAUGACCCUGGUUCCCAGCGUGGCGCAACCUGGAGUACCCAGAAACCCGGGUGCGAGUUUGGGCAUGCCAGGCCAGCGCUCUCAGCACCAGCACCAAUUGUUGGCGGCAAGUCAAGAACGUCGCCUAAGCGCAUCGAAGGAAACGCCGCUGAGACCAGCGACGCACGACGUAAUGGACGAACUCGAAGACUUCUUCGACCCGUUUCCACCGAAAAGAUAA